AAUGGCAACAAUAUCUAUCAGAAAAAAAAUGGCACCAAUACCCCUCACAAGUCUGAACUAGCACUAUUCUAUUUAAUCCACUGCACUGCGCUUCCUCUCUUCUCCACGCUGCAGAAACCAACACAACCGGCAAACUGGGCAAGCCAUGGGCACCUUCCUAGGCCACUUCCUCCCCGGCCUGGCCUUCGCCAUCCUCGGCGUGUGGCACACGGUCAACACCGUCAGGGACUACAAGCUCCGGGGCCCCUCCGGCGGCUUCCGCUCCUCCACCUGGUUCCCCUUCCCGUCGCCUCUGCGCGGCCUGCGGCGCCUGGAGCUCUACCUCCUGCUCUCCUUCUCCGCGCUCGCCAUCGCCGACCAGCUCGUCGACCUCCCCAUCCUCGCGCUCCGCCUCCACCCCGACAGCCUCGAGCACGCCACCAUGUACCUCCACCUCGCCGUCUACGCGUCGGUGGCGCUCGCCGCCGACGCCUCCGGGCGCCGCAACGACGGGGGCGUCGGGGACGUGGUGGCCGCGCUCGCCGCGUCGGUGUUCGGGCAGGAGCUCUUCCUGCUCCGGUUCCACUCCGCCGACCACGCCGGGCUCGAGGGCCACUACCACUGGCUGCUGCAGCUCGCGGUGGCUGCGUCACUCGUCGCCGCCGCCGCCGCCGCCGUCCUGCCCCGGAGCUUCGCCGUGGCGGUGGUGCGGUCCGCGUCCGUGCUGCUCCAGGGCCUCUGGUUCGUGGUCAUGGGGUUCGCGCUGUGGGUGCCGGCGCUCGUGCCGAGCGGGUGCCACGCCUUGGAGCAGCAGGGGAUGAGCGCGCAGAGCGCAGUGGCGUGCGCGACGGAGGCGGCGGCGCGGAGGGCGGUCGUUCUGGCCAACCUGCAGUUCAGCUGGGCGCUCGCCGCCGUGUGGGCCGUCACGGCGUACCUCUGCCUCCGGGGGGACUAUGGGUGCUUGGAGUACGUGCAGCUCCGUGCGCCGCCCGGCGGCGCGCUCGCCGGCGACGGGGAUGCUACGCCGCCGAAGAUUGUGUUCCCCGUCGAAGAGCAGGUGUAGUAGAAAGCUGCUCGCUGGUCACUUGCCUGGACUCUCACCAGUAAGUCUGUAACGCGUAAGUGCGCGACGUAGUGUGUGCAACAGUGCGCAGCGCUGCCCAUGAAAUGGGCCGAAAUUUAUCUGGGCCCAAUUGCCGCUGGACGAUGUAGCCUCUUCGGCCCGCCUGAUGCAAUUCCACCUGAAAAUAAUUGUCUACGUGUACUUCUCGUGUGCAUCCACUGAAAAAAGGACAGGUUUGUCUACUGAAGAUUGAGAUACUACAGCGAUGUUGCCAUGGCUUUCUAA